AUGGGAUCAACACAGAAGGUUCCUACCGAGUCGAUGGCUUCGGCACAGCAUGAAGAGACCGUCGCAGAUGAGGGAUUCAAGAAGUCUGACCCAACUUUUGAUGCCGCGAACAAGGGUCAAGGAAUUACUGGGUAUGAAGAGUUGGGCAUUUUGGAGACAAUCAAAACGUUCAAGCUCUGCACACUCGUGUGUUUUGCAAUGGCCUUCAGUGCGGCAACCGAUGGGUACCAGAUUGGAAUCAACGCCAGCAUUAUUGCCAAUGCUGGAUUUGUCACCCGCUUCGCCACCACUGUUGGUAAAACGGGAAAGCCUGCCCUCGAAUCGCCUAUACUAAGUGGCUGGAGCUCGAUCAUGUCCUGCGGUCAGAUCGUUGGGAUGACCACACUACCAUUUCUCUCCAGUAGAUAUGGCAGAAAGAUCGCAAUGUACACCUACUGGGUGAUCCUGGUGGGAAGUGUGCUUGCCGAGAGUCUUGCGAGGUCAUGGCAAGUCUGGAUGGUAGGGAAGCUCCUGGCUGGGAUUGGAGUGGGGUGUCUACAAUCAACUGUACCAACAUAUAUCUCAGAAGUUGCACCUGUUCGUAUUCGUGGAGGCUUGUUAAUGUGCUACAGCUUCUGGUGGUCCUUGGGUUCGUUCUUUGCCCAAGUCGCUCUCCAACAUUUAUCAAGAGCUGACCCAACCGACUACCUGACACCGAUCUAUACCCAGUGGGCUCAAAUCGGGCUCAUGCUUUUAAUCUAUGUCUUUGUCCCAGAAUCUCCUGCUUGGUGCGUGAAUGCCGGUAAGGUCGACCGAGCCAAGAAGGAACUCCUCAGGCUCAAUCGCGGAGUACCCAACUACAACUUGGAGCGGCAAUAUCAAGUGUUGGCUAUGGCCAUCGAGCAUGAACAUGCAGUUGCAGCCGAGCAGCGUCGAGAGAAGUGGUACGGGAUUUUCCAGGGUACAAAUGGCCUUCGCACUGUGAUUUCCUGCUGGACCAACCUCACCCAGCAGUUGAUCGGUCUUAGCCUCUUCGGGACGUUCGGUACCUAUUUCUUCCAACAGGCUGGACUAGCCGACCCUUUCAAGAUCAAGGUUAUUACAACCUCAAUUCAAAUUGCAACAGUGCUCGUCAUAAUUAUGGUUGCCGACCGCUUGGGAAGGAGAUUACUCGCCUGCUCGGGGACUACACUCUGCUGGGUGUCAUGUGUGGGCAUUGGUAUCAUUGGGGUUUGUCCUCAGGUGAAGGCAUCGACAUAUAUUUUCAUAUUAUUUGCUUGCUUAUGGAACUGCGGACUGGCUACCAAUGGUGCGACUGGGUGGGGGUAUAUCGGAGAAAUAUCAUCGCAGCGCCUCAGGCCUUAUACUGCUGGCUUUGGAGCGGCAGUAACUUGUGUCGCUGGUGUUGUGAUGAACGUUCUUGUCCCAUACAUGACAAAUACCAAUAAAUGGAACUGGGGCUUGAAGACCGGGUGGUUUUAUGCAGGCGCUGGCCUUCCGUUUGUUGUUGGCAUGUGGAUGCUGAUUCCUGAGACUGUUGGGUAA